GAAGACUGCAAAGCGAUGAAGACAGAGAGCGGGGUUCCCUGCAUCGCGCGCAGAGUCAAAGCUCCUUGAAAGUGUUUCACGGCUGAGAAAAGGUGUGCGCGAGCUACUGAAGGGCACGCUUCUGCGAAGAAAAAAGAAUACACAAUACGAGCUACUGGAAGAGUGAGAGCAAAACGUGCUUUGCCUGUACUAGGAAGAAACGGAUUUCAAGGGCAGCAUGAAAUUUAAUACUGCAGCGGUCGCCGUGCUCUUCGUUUCGGUAGCAUUGGAUUCGUGGAUGCUUUCAGUGGCCGUAAAUGUUCUGCAAUCCAAGCUGAUCACGUUGACGAAGAGUCACACGGAAGACUACAUCGAAAGUCCAAAUUAUCCCGAUGACUAUUACCCUCAAGACACACAAAUUCAAUACAAAGUUGAGGUGAAAAUGGGCAACGAGGUUCUCCAGGAGAUGGCGCGAAUACAGGUGACGUUCGAGGUCUUUCUGAUGGAGCGGAGCGCCUUUUGCCACAAGGACGGCCUCGACAUCGUCGACAGAACCGGAGAAGUGAGAGCGUACUGCGGUCCACAAAGUGGUCGAAACUUCCUGAUGGGAGACAGCGUGAUCCUGAUGCGCAUGUACACGGAUGCAGACGGGCGCGACCGGGGCUUCCGGAUACGCGUUCGCCUGUACCAGUCCCCCUGCGGUGGACUCCUGCGGGUCUUUCGGUCGGGAUACAUCACCUCUCCUGACUUUCCGUACAGUUACGGUGCACACAGGCUGUGCGUAUGGAGGAUACAGGCCAUGUAUGGCAUGCGCAUCAAGCUGAGCUUCGAUGGCUACUUCGAUAUCAGAAGCGACGACCACGACACCUGUUUCAUGGACUACCUCGAGAUUAGCCGAUCGGGCAACUUCCAAAAGGACUCACAGCGGUACUGCGGACAGACGCGGCCUAAGACAAUCAUGUCUACAACGAACAGGGUCGAGCUGAAGUUUGUGACUGACUGCUGCGAAGAAGGACGUGGCUUCAAACUGCGCUAUGACAUUAUCCCAUCUUGGUUCGUUACGCCUACUCGACCUACAGAGAGGUACCAGCCUGUCCCUUGCCACACAACAGAUUGUGGAAAACCACAGGAGCUGCUUCCCAGGAUUGUCGGCGGUCAAGAGUACACCGAGCACAAACACCCCUGGCUCGUUGCCAUCUUCGACAGCUACAAUUCCUUCAUCUGCGUCGGUAGUCUGGUAUCUCGGAGCCAUGUUCUAACCGCGGCUCAUUGUUGUGACGGUCAAAAAAGCCUCAGCGUCAAGACGGGUGUCCAUCGUCUCACCGAUGGCCCACACCAGGCGGUUCACCGCUGUCACAUGCAUCCGCACUACAGGAAGCGAAAUCUCGUUAAUGACAUCGCCCUUCUAGAGCUUACAGUCAGCGUGAACUACAACGAGUUCCAAAGGCCCAUAUGCCUUCCUCUCGACGCCAAGGACAUGGUGGGAAAGGAUGGAGUCAUAGCCGGGUGGGGCCGAGAGUCGUACGGCGGCCGAGACAGACAGACGCCAAAGGAAGCCAACGUUCCCUUCGUCGCCCAGUCUGAGUGCACGACGAAAUACGGUGCGAUCAUCCUCGAGUCGAACAUCUGCGCCGGUGGUGACGUAGAAGACGCCUGUCAGGGUGACAGCGGAGGCCCGCUUAUGUCUCCUGUGCACGUUCCCAACCGGGUUGUCCAGAUGGGCAUUGUCUCAACGGGCAUCGGAUGCGGUCGCAAGGGACAUCCAGGCAUCUACACCAGGGUUACUUCGUACCACGACUUCGUCUACAACCUAACUCGCCAGCAAUGGUGCACGGUACAGACGCGGCGUUGAUGAACAUUCAACGAGCGCCCGAACACGAGUGACAUAUCGCGGGGAGAUGGAAGCUGCACCUACCACUGCUUCCUUCAUGACUCCUGUCAAGGAUCGCAUAGACACCAUUUGUGUGAAACCUAAAAGCUGCCUUUGCACAAAAAGCAUGCGCUCAAGGAAUCCCGCACAUCUUUUCAUCACAUUAAAUGUGUCACGGUUUGUGACCAUUGGACUAUGAUGCAGUAA